UAAAAGUUUUCCAUUCACAUCAAAGACACACACAUACCAAAUAUCCUCACGUCAAGCAAUCCGAACUCCCUCGCUAGCUUACUCCUACAUUUCGAGUCAUAUUGUUUCUAUUUUAUCCGUCCAACCUAAGCUUAGAUAAUAAUAUUAUCACUCGAUUGUACGAUACCUUUCUAAUAUCUGCCCCUUGGUUCAUAUUCUGGUGGAUGUUAGGUGUCAUUUGUAAAUAACUUUCUGGUGUUCAAACUCCUUUCUGUUCUUAUUAUGAUAGGGACGUUGAUAAAAUACAAUAGAUACAAGAUACGCCCCGAAAUAUAUCGAGAGUAGCCAGCCAAUUCUACUCAAACAGUAUUAUUCCAAAUCGAAACGUUUACGUCGAGUAUCACUCAUAAGAGAUCUUCGUACAGUUUAAGGUACUUGAUUCUACCCGUCAUGCCAUACGAGCUAGAGGGGGUCUGGCAACCAGCCGAUUAUCAGCCGGAUGGAAGUCGUCGCUUGAAAAACUAUGAAAAAAGAAUUGACUUCGAAAGAUGGUUAUCAACUAGAACUUCAGAAGACUCAGAGAUACAGGUUGGAGAAGGAAAAAGAGGACGAUGAGAUAAGAGUAAGAGAUAUAGCAGCAUAUGAAAAACAGAGUCUGGAAAGGGAGGUUGACCGUAUGGAAGAGCUAGGCCGCGGAAAGAGAAUAAGAAGCGCUAGAAAGCUCGCGAGGAGAUUUGCAAGGAACGGGGCACACCAUGGGAUCAUGGAAGGAAGAAUUUUGAUUUAGCAAUAUGUGCAUGGCAUAGCGAAGAUAAGUGUGAGACGGAAGAAGAACGUGAGGAUGAGAAGAGGUGGAAUAGAAAGUUGAAGCCAGCAACACGCUUUCAGGGGGCUAAAUCUUCAAAGGAGAUUGAGGAGACCAUGAGAACGGAGCAUGAGGCCGAGAUAAGGAUUAAGGAAGACGAGAAACGCAAGAGGGAAUUGGAGAGAUGGCAUAAGUUUGAUGCAAUGUUCAAGGCAGAGGCAGAUCGUCGACGGAGGAGCUGACAAGAGCCGCUGCUGCCGCUGCCGCCGAAGGUUAUCCGUGUGUUCAAAGAGAGCUCGGUGACGCUCAUAGACGUUAUUGCAUGCCUUCGAGUUAUACCUUUGCUAGUAGGAGCAUAGACUGUCAGGAUUGCAAAGAUGACGAAGAGAUGGCAAGAAAAAUGGAAAGAUCUAAAAAAAAGGUAAGAAAUAAAGUGGAGAUAAAUUGGAGGAACGUGUAAAAUUCCCACUGGCUUUUAUGCUGGAUAAAAUGG